UAAGACUCACAGUCUCACACGUUAAUUAAAUCGGUGUAUUUGAUUUUGCCAUUUGUUCAUUUUUAUUGCAAGGAACAAAAAGAAAAAUCUCCAAACCCAGAUAUACAGAAACUUCACAAUAUUCCUCGCCAUUUCUGCUCUGCUCAGCUCUUAUUCAGGGAAAGAAUCAUGGUCAUGGAUUUGCUUUUAUCUUCAAGGCAUGUGAUAUCAUCCACAGUCAAAUACUCUGAUGUAAUCAAUAAUAAAUUCCCAGUAAAUCCUUUUCACUUAAGAAGAUUUCAUGUUCGAUUUCGUAUUUGUCGAUUUCUUGCAUCUUCAAAGAAGUCAUAUUAUCAAGACUUUCAGGAAUAUGCAAAGCCUAGCCGACUUUUGCCCACUGAAAAGCUGAAAAUUAUCAUUGAAGAACCACCAGAUCGCAUCAUUUCAGCUCUUAGAUCUGAUGGUUCUAAGUCUUUAUACAAGGUCAUGCUCUGUACAAGUUCUAUCUACGGAUCAGACCUUAGUGACCAGAAUGCUGGAAUUCUUCUAUGUAUAAUUGACGAGCUUGGGGAUUCAAUAUUGGAGAGGAUACCUGCUAUUCUAUGUGAAGAUCGUAUUCAGCAGGUGGGCGAUUAUGUGACCCCGAAUGUUAGGCUCUUUCAAAGAGGUUCAACGGAUGAAUUUAUGUUCUGGGGACCAAAACUAGGAAGAAUUCAGGCUAUGUGGAUAAGUCCUGAUUCAGGCAGUUGGAGAUUAAAUGGCGCAAGAGUGACGGUAAUCAGUACCUAUGACCAACACAAGGAAGAAACUAGUGCAAAUGGGAGCAUGUAUAACAGUGUCACCUACAAUUUUGAAGUUGAAGAUAUGUUGCUCGGGGAAGGGAGUGACUUGACAAUGGCUGAACUUCGCCCUUGCUUGGUCACUGAGCAAUUUGGGGCUGAUUCCGUCUCUGUUAUUGACCGAAGUUCUGCCGAAACUGUUUUACGCGCAGAAAAGGAAAUAACAAAUGAAAACAGCAUGAAAGAAUAUGCUGACCUAAAAUUCUCGUUAUUACUAUAUGAUUCUAUGCUCAUUUUAGCGGGCACAUCCAUGACAUCCAUAACCGGAGGUAAAAAUACCGCCUUAGCUUUUUUAACCGGGGGCAUCAUUGGCUUCCUAUACUUGCUGUUCUUGCAGAGAUCCGUGGAUACGUUGCCAGCUCCUGAAUCAAGUGUCGCAAACGAAGAAAAUAACUUGAAUAGAUUGUUCCGGAUAGUUAAAGGUCCGAUAGCAGUAUUCCUAGUUGCUUUCUCUAUUGCCGUUGUAGCUACAAAGUACGAUAAACCAGAAGUCGCAGCAGCGUUGGCACCGAAAGAACUUUUGGCCGGAAUGGUCGGUUUUCUCGCUUGCAAAGCUUCUGUACUAUUGUCGGCUUUCAGACCAGUGUCAAUCAACAUGGAAGAUAGAAAUUGAUGCAUCGAAAGGCCGACACUGUUAUGUAUAGAACUGUCAGUAUUCUCGGUUUAUUAUAAUCUGUAUAUACCCUUUUAAAGAAUAGAAUAGCACAUACCAUUGUAAGUAUUCCUGUUAAAAACAAUACAGUAAUCUUUUCUUGUUACCUCUUUGUUUAAAAUAUGUAUUUUUCUCUGUAAGUUUUCAUUACCACUUAUAACACCUUUCAGGUUUCUGUCAUUCGAAAGUAAAUCGUGUCGUCUUGCCAUGGAGGAAGGUUAGGGAUGGUUCGGGACAUUCUUUGUGCCCGUUUUGAUGUUAUUGGAACCUUACUGAUGGAAUAAGAGGGAAAGAAGGCAAUAUGGGCUCUUUACGUUUGAUUACAGGUCAAAACCGGUUGAAAACGAUGGGUUAGCGGUGUUGAUCGAGUUCCAAGGAUGUAUAUUGAGCUGAGCACAUGGGAAUUUGUAGUUUUGUAUUAGGUUUUUGGAUAAAUGUAUAUUAGAUUUUGAUUGUGUUGGUUAUAUUGGACUUAAAUGAAUUGUAUGAUUACCUUGUGUUUUAGGUAGAUGUUUGAUUUGAAAUUAGUUGAGUUAAAGAGUUGGUGACCCCUUUGCUCAA